GAGCAGGCGAGGAGGUUCGGAGUCGUAGCGGAGCGCAGGUCACAUUCCUGUCGCAUCUUUGAUAUCAUUUCCUAGACUCUGCCCCAUGAUUUAAUGUGAAAUUCUGAAAUGAAGAUGGAGGAGGCAGUGGGAAAAGUUGAAGAACUCAUUGAGUCUGAAGUCCCACCAAAAACAUCUGAACAAGAGACAGUCAAGGAGGAAGAUGGAUCUGUAGAACUGGAAUCUCAAGUUCAUAAAGACAGUGUAGCGGAUUCUACAGUUCUUUCUUCAAUGCCUUGCUUGUUGAUGGAACUCAGAAGGGACUCUUCUGAGUCUCAGUUAGCAUCUACAGAAAGUGACAAGCCAACUACUGGCCGAGUUUAUGAGAGUGACUCCUCUAAUCACUGCAUGCUUUCCCCUUCAUCUAGUGGUCACCUAGCUGAUUCAGAUACGUUGUCUUCUGCAGAAGAAAAUGAACCCUCCCAGGCAGAAACAGCAGCAGAAGGAGACCCUUCAGGAGUAUCUGGUGCCACAGUUGGGCGCAAGUCUAGGCGGUCCCGGUCUGAAAGUGAAACAUCCACCAUGGCGGCCAAGAAAAACCGGCAAUCCAGUGAUAAACAGAAUGGCCGAGUUGCCAAGGUUAAAGGUCAUCGGAGCCAAAAGCACAAGGAGAGGAUCAGGCUACUGAGGCAGAAACGAGAGGCUGCUGCAAGGAAGAAAUACAACCUGCUGCAGGACAGUAGUACCAGUGACAGUGACCUGACUUGUGACUCAAGCACCAGCUCGUCAGAUGAUGAUGAAGAGGUUUCAGGGAGCAGCAAGACAAUCACUGCAGAGAUACCAGAUGGACCUCCAGUUGUAGCUCAUUAUGAUAUGUCUGACACCAGCCCUGACCCAGAAGUGGUAAAUGUGGACAAUUUAUUGGCGGCUGCAGUAGUUCAAGAGCACAGUAAUUCUGUAGGCGGCCAGGACACGGGAGCUACCUGGAGGACCUGCGGGCUUCUAGAGGAGCUGAAUGCAGAGGCAGGUCAUUUGGAUCCAGGAUUCCUAGCAAGUGACAAAGUAUCCGCUGGCAAGGCACCACUCAAUGAAGAAAUUAAUAUUGCCUCUUCAGAUAGUGAAGUGGAGAUUGUGGGAGUUCAGGAACAUGCAAGAUGUGUUCAUCCUCGAGGAGGUGUGAUUCAGAGUGUUUCUUCAUGGAAGCAUGGUUCAGGCACGCAGUAUGUUAGCACCCGGCCAACACAGUCAUGGACUGCUGUGACUCCCCAGCAGACUUGGGCUUCUCCAGCAGAAGUCGUUGACCUUACCUUGGAUGAGGAUAGCAGACGUAAAUACCUACUGUAAUACAAUGUCACUGUGUUUCCGCUGCACUGUUCCCUUCCAUUCUUCCUCUCUUUGUGACACGGAAGUUCAUUGUCAUAGCUUCAGCUUCAGAAGCUGUUUGUGGCAUUUGUAGAAUUGAAACUCAUGGAAAUUACUCCCUCCUUUUUUUUUUCUCCCCUCCCUUAAUUAAAAGAAGUCACUUAGGAAAAUAACUUAUCGCAACAAAAGAAUUUUUCUUCUUUCAUUCAUAGGAAUAUGAGAAUGAUGAAUUUUAUUAGUCAGCUUCAUUUUACUUGGUGACUUUUAAUCGUAGGAAACUCCAUCUUCUUUUUAGAAUAUUUUAAUUACCAGGUAAAAUGGAUUUAAGUUUUCAGGUCUUUAUUUAUUUUUCUGUAUUAUGAAAUUAAUUUCUACAUUUGACCACUAUCUGCACACCCCAUAGCACUCCCACCUUAGGGCAUUCACACACAUAUCAAUCAGUCAGGUCCUUAUUGGCACCUAGUAGGCCAUGUGCAUUUAAAAACCUGUCCUUAAAAAAUAGAAGACAGAGUAUUAAAAGUUUUUUUUUUCUUUAACCUUAAGUCUUCUGCCCUCUUUUUUUGACUUUACACCUGGUUGAUUUCCUGCUACUCAAAUAGUUGACAUGCCCCUUUGUGUUUAUAAAUACUAAGGUGACCUAGCCUCCUUGUUGCAAUAAUUCAUACCCCUUUGGAAAAUUUCUCCUUUGGGGUAGAGACAUUUCAAAUAGAUACCCACAUUGAAGUUUUCUAGGAGUCUGAAGAGACUAUUGAGAGAUCAGUGAGAAAAACUCACUUCCUCAGCUUUUCUAUUCAGAUAAUGGGAGAAUGUAGAAACCUGUUACUUAGGAAGAAUACAAAAGGUUGUGUGGCUUCUAAGGCUACAGGCACUUAUAAAACUGAGAGGAAAGUGCCUUCUUUCAUAGCUUGUCUCCAUAAAAAGUGUAUAACAACUGUUCCACACCUGAGCUGAAGUGUUCCUGAUGCUGUAUUUGGGUAUUUCUGUCCUCUACCUUCUAAAAAUAUAUAUGCUUUAGGAAAAAUUAAAAUAUACCAUAAGAAGUCAAAUGUAAAGCACAUUCCUGGCACUAUAAGUUUUACAACGUCUAAAAGGAAUAACAGAGAGUAGUAGGAGCUUCAGGGAAUUCAGGAAAUGCCAGCAUUGGAGUUUUGUGGCAUUAGUUACUACGUACUUUAGUAACAUGUUAUGGUUACUAGUGAAUUAUUUUAAAAGCAAUAUCUAGAAUUAGAACACUAUGUGUUGUACACAGUGAGGAGUGAAGUAUUACUGGCUUAGAAGACCUCACCUUUUGUUUUUCAUGGUUUUUGUUUGCAUUUUUGUUUCUGUUGUUACCGUAUAACGUUGCUAUGGCCCUUUCCUCUCUCCUCAAAUGCCUUGAUGGCUUUUCCUUAUAAAAGUAUGAAAACUAUUUUCAGUUUCCAUUCAGUGAACACACAUUUACCAAGUGCCUGUUCUGCAUAAGGCACUGUGUAGGGGUGGGUGCUGUGUGGGCUGCAGAAAUUAAUGCGACAUACCCUGCAUGCGCAUGCAUCAGAGUCUGUCUGGCUCCACCUGCCUGGCCUUUUCUUGUUUUGUAAAGACAAGUUUCUUUACCCUUCUUCCUAUUGCUUCUGUUCUGUGUACCCCUUCUUCCGUGGGAAUGUAUUUGAGCAUGUCUUUUCUGAUCUCUGAUAGCCAUUGCAUUAGAUCUGGCCUCUGUUCUUCAUCAACUUUUUAUUUUUUUCUCCAAUCUACUUGUAAUAAUAGUUCAGGCUGUUAAAGCUCAUGAAUCUUCAGUUUAGGCACCUCAUUUAUCAGUUUCAUAUGGGCACAGUUCUAGACAAAAACCAAAGACCCAGAGGCCAGAGCAAAAUAGGACCUUUUGCAGAUUCACUACUGGUGUAUUUUUGGACCUUCACAUUUUACUUCAGGAUUAAUUUAUUGAGUUUUACUGUUACACUCAUAUUUUGACUUGAAUUAGAAUACUAGACAAAGCAGAAAUGUACAAUUUCUGGUCUAUAUUUUCCACGAAGAUCAUUGGGAAAAGAACAGAAUGAAUUGUAUGACUUGAAGUUCUUGCAGCUAAUUUUUUUCCCCAGCAUCAGGGCAGAGCCCCAUUUUAAAGAAUGUUUUCACAUUACCCAUUCAUAUGUUAACAGUAUAUUGUGUCCAGUUUUCUACAGCAGGUGAUUUCCCAUGACAUAUUUUCUUUAGUCCCUAAUAGUCAUCCUUUAAAGAGAGAACUUUUUUGGUGUGCUUUGUGCACUACGGAUUCGGAAGAGAGUAGAGUUGUAACCAAGUUCUUCUGUGUCCAUUUGCUGCAGUUUUCCCUCACUUGUUCCUGUUUAGCUCUCGUACUACCUGACCUAAUGUACUAGAACAGAGAUUUAGAUAAUCAAGAUGGAAAGUGGGGAAGGAUUGGUAGGGAUGACAAGUGGGUGUCAGCUCUCUCCUACUAGCUUGAGACUUUCCACAUAAUAAACAACUAUAGAGAGACUAUGUUUCAACUCUUCUGUCACUGCUACAUCCAGAAGAGUGGGGAUGUGGUUUCAGGCAAGGUAUUAAUCAUAAAUUCUGUGAUCUACAGCUCCUGUGACAUUUGGAAUUUUGUUUAAAGGGAUGUUUUUAAACCAAAGUUUCAUAUUUGGUAGAAUAAGUUGUUCUUUAUGCUACACAGGACAUUGUUCAAAGUAAUAUCUCUGCUAAAAAUGGUACAUGUGGGUCAUAGACUGGUUUAUGCCACUGGGCUGCUUAAGUUUCUCUCUCCUACAAUUUGAAAAAAACAGAGCAGUAAUUUAGCUGUUGCAUUAUCAGAACUGCCCUGUAACUAGUGGUUCAUUACUGCUCUCCAUAACCUUCAUGUUGAUGGUAGGGGCCAUAUGGAAGGGAAUCCAUUGCUCUUUACAAUCAGGCAUCCCAUAAACUCUGCUUUUAUUGUUAUCAAUUGUGAAUACAAACCAUCUAUAAUUGCUAAUUUAAUUAUUUGUUCAUCAUUACUUUUAAUGAUCAGCACCAUAGGUAACUUUAAAAUGAAUUGUUGCCUGCUUUUUAUACUGUGUCACAAUGUUUGAAAAAGCUGGAGACACAAUUUUGUCUUUUAGUUUUAAACUUUUUUUGAGGCAAAAAGCCCCUAAUUCCUGUUCUCCAAUAUGUGUAUGAUGUGACUUCCAUGUAUAUAUAAAAAUGAUUGCGCCCUAACCAAACUUCCUCAGAUUGUGCACUGUUUGUUUAAAAUAAUCACGUAUUUUAGUCCAAUGCUGUUGUAUUUUUUCAUUUUAUUUAAAACACUACUUAUUCUUUAACAAAAUUUAAAGGGUAGUGAUCUUAAAGAAAAAUCACUGGAUAACUAGGAAAUAUUUUUGUUGUUGUUUUGUUUUUUAAAGAGCUCAAAGGUCAUUGAAACCUUUUGCUCCUAUUACCGUGAAAAUGAAAUGUUAGCCAUUGUAUGGCUAGGAACCAAUGCACUUGGCGGUUAACAGAUCUGCUGUUACUGGAGUGUGAGUGUGAACUUGAUGCAGUGACGACAAAUCAUUGCUUAGAAUUAAUGUUUUGAAAUGUGCAACUCUAGUUUUUAAAAUGAAAUUUGGUUCUUUACAUUCAUUAUUUAGUUUUUGUUUCCAUUUAGUAUUUAAUGGUCUUUGGAGAAAAAAAUAAUAAAACAGAGUGUUAUAUAUAUAUUUUUUGGUGCAAGAUAAGAUUUUCUGUUUUUUGAAAUAAGUCUGUAGCAUAAAGGUUAAACUAUUUUAAGACAAAAUAAAAUAGAGUGUAUUUAAACAAUGA